AUGCUUACUAUGAAUUUGUAUGCAUAUUUGACUAUCAGCUGUUUCACCUUUUUACUUACUUGUCAGGGAUUGGAUCAACUUCGUUCAGGGCUUCUUCAGCAACAAAAACCUUUUAUACAGGCUCCUCAGCCCUUUCAUCAACUUCAGAUGUUAACACCACAACACCAGCAACAGCUUAUGCUGGCACAACAAAAUUUAACAUCACCAGCUGCUAGUGACGAUAGUAGAAGGCUGAGAAUGCUUUUGAGUAACCGGAAUAUGGGUCUUGGAAAGGAUGGCCUUACAAAUUCUGUUAGCGAUGUUGUUCCAAAUGUUGGAUCCCCUUUGCAAUCUGGUUCCACACUUAUGCCUCGUGGAGAUCCUGAUAUGCUGAUUAAGUUAAAAAUGGCUCAGUUACAGCAGCAGCAGCAGCAACAACAGCAACAGAAUAGCAAUCCACAGCAGCAACAGCAGCAGCUUCAGCAGCAUGUGCUUUCAAAUCAGCAAUCACAGAGUUCAAAUCACAAUCUUCAUCCGCAAGAUAAGAUGGGGGUGCUGGCAGUGUCAAUGUCGAUGGUUUCAAAAAACCAGACUGGGAGAAAGAGAAAACAGCCAGUGUCAUCUUCAGGUCCUGCCAAUAGCUCAGGAACUGCAAAUACAGCAGGGCCCUCCCCAAGUUCAGCACCAUCAACGCCUUCAACCCACACAACUCCAGAUGUGAUCUCAAUGCCUUUGCCUCAUAGUGGAGGUUCUUCUAAACCUUUUAUGUUUGGGCCGGAUGGUACAGGCACUCUUACAUCACCGUCAAAUCAGUUGUGGGAUGACAAAGAUCUUGAAUUGCAGGCUGAUAUGGAUCGUUUUGAGGAUGGAUCUCUUGAGGAAAAUGUCGAUUCUUUUUUAUCCCAUGAUGAUACUGACCCUAGAGAUGCAGUUCCUCGUAUGGAUGUGAGCAAAGAUUGUGUAGAUGCAUUUCUUAAUUAUGAUGGAAUAAUAAUUCGCAUGACUUCAGGAUUCACAUUUACUGAACUACAUUCUAUUAGAGCAAGUGCAAGCAAAGUAGUCUGUUGCCACUUCUCAUCAGAUGGAAAAAUGCUUGCCAGUGGCGGCCAUGAUAAAAAGGUAAUCCUCAAAAUGACAGAAUUUGAUGCCGCAGUCUCAUUAUCAAGCAUCCGGAAUGCUUUUUUGACAUCUGAUUUGCCUAUCCAAAAUGUGGAAUUCUAUGCCAUAUGUGUAUUAUCGACUAGAGAACAAGGAAAACAGGCUGUAUUGUGGUACACGGAUAAUUUAAAGCCAAAAACUACCCUUGAAGAACAUUCAUCUCUGAUUACUGAUGUCCGUUUCAGCCCAAGCAUGCCACGUCUUGCAACAUCAUCAUUUGACAAAACUGUCAGGGUUUGGGAUGCUGACAAUCCUAAUUUCUCACUCCGCACUUUUACUGGACAUAAUAACACUGUAAUGUCACUAGACUUCCACCCAAAUAAAGAUGACCUUAUAUGCUCUUGUGAUGGGGAUGGUGAAAUAAGAUACUGGAGUAUUACCAAUGGUAGCUGUACAAGAGUAUUCAAGGGUGGUAUGACCCAGAUGAGAUUUCAACCUCGUGUGGGGAGGUAUCUUGCGGCCGCUGCAGAGAAUGUUGUCUCUAUACUGGAUGUUGAGACACAAGCAUGUCGGCAUUCGUUACAGGGACACACUAAGCAAAUCCAUUCUGUUUGUUGGGAUCCUUCUGGUGACUAUCUAGCAUCUGUCAGUGAGGAUUCUGUCAGAGUCUGGACGCUUGGAUCAGGAAGUGAGGGUGAAUGUGUUCAUGAUCUUAAAUCACAGUUGCAGUCUGUAGUCCCGAUGCUGAUUGUGGACCUAGCAGCACCUCUUUCAGCUAGCAGUAUGGAUCCUUUUGUUGCAAGCUUUUCCAAUCAGGAAUCGUCUUUGGAGCUUUGGAACAUGAGUGAGAACAAGACAAUGACUCUGCCAGCUCAUGAGGGUCUAAUUGCUGCUUUGGCUGUAUCAACUGCUACAGGGUUGGUUGCUUCUGCUAGUCAUGAUAAGUUCGUCAAACUGUGGAAAUGA